GGAAAGCAGUCUGCUACGAAAAUGGCGUCGCCCGAUCCAGACAUGGCGGAUGUUUCCGAAAUGAGCCCAGAUAUGGGGGACGUCUGCUAUUCUGAGGUUGAAAUUCCCGUAACUGAAGUCGAAAUUGAAAGUAUUCCCAUGGAAAACAUUGAGACAAUUCCAGCAGAGAAUAUUGUAACAAUUCCUGUGGAUAAUAUAGAAAAUGUUGCCACAGUAGAAACUGUUGUCUGUGAAACGAUCGAGCAGCCGAUGAUUGCUUUGCAACCGCUCUCAGACGACCAAGAUGAAAUCGUUUUGCAAACGCGAGAAGAAGUUGUUGGAGACGUCGAUGAUUUCGGAGGAUCCACAUAUAUCAUCGAUUCCGUGCCCGUCCCCACCAAUGAUUUGGAAGAUCAUUUUGGCAGCACAAUAAAGCGAAAGAAGGGCAGGAAAACAUCGAGGACAAGAGUGCUUGCUAGCGGUGAAUCUGUGUUCGACGGGGAGAGGGGCAGUCGAAAAUGGGAACAAAAACAAGUGCAAAUCCAAACUUUGGAAGGCAAAUUCUCCGUAACAAUGUGGGCUUCAGAGGACAAGAAGAAUCUAUCAGAUGAUCCAGACCUUGCAUCACAGCAAGCCAUGUCUCCCAGCCAGGAGUCUGGACACCACAGUGCUUACGAGCAGCCGCCAGACUACUCGGAGUAUCUCACAGGAAAGAAGCUGCCUCCUGGUGGGAUACCGGGCAUUGACCUGAGUGAUCCAAAACAGUUAGCUGAAUUCGCUAGAAUCAAACCCAAGAAGCCAAAGGAUGAUGAUCUACCAAGGACCAUUGCGUGUCCUCACAAGGUACAUGGUUGCACAAAAAUGUUCAGAGAUAACUCAGCUAUGCGGAAACAUCUACACACACAUGGACCUCGGGUCCAUGUGUGUGCUGAGUGUGGUAAAGCCUUCGUGGAAAGCUCCAAACUCAAACGCCAUCAACUGGUCCACACUGGCGAAAAACCAUUUCAGUGCACGUUUGAAGGUUGUGGUAAGCGUUUUUCACUGGAUUUCAACUUGAGGACCCAUGUUCGAAUCCACACUGGUGACCGUCCAUAUGUCUGCCCGUUUGAUGGCUGUAACAAGAAGUUUGCUCAGUCCACAAACCUGAAGUCUCACAUUCUGACCCAUGCAAAGGCUAAACCCAUGAUCCCAAUGUGAAUGCACUGACCCUCCUAAUGGCCAAACCAAUGAUCCUGAUGUGAAUAUUCUGACCCACGCAAAGGCUAAACCAAUGAUCCAAUGUGAAUGCACUGACCCUCAUAAUAGCCAAACUGAUGGUCCAAAUGUGAGCAUUCUGACCCUUGUAAUGGCCAAACCAAUGAUCCAAAUCUUAACAUUCUGACCCUUGAAUCGGCUAAACCUAUGAUCCCAAUGUGAACAUUCUGGCCCUCAGAAUGGCCAAACUGAUGAUCCCAAUGUGAACAUUCUGACCCUCAGAAUGGCCAAACCGGUGAUACCAAUGUGAACAUUCUGACCCUUGAAUUGGCCAAACCGAUGGUCCCAAUGUGAACAUUCUGACCCUCAGAAUGGCCAAACUGAUGAUCCCAAUGUGAAUAUUCUGACCCUCAGAAUGGCCAAACCUAUGAUCCCAAUGUGAACAUUCUGACCCUCAGAAUGGCCAAACCUAUGAUCCCAAUGUGAACAUUCUGACCCUCAGAAUGGCCAAACCUAUGAUCCCAAUGUGAACAUUCUGACCCUCAGAAUGUCCAAACCGAUGAUCUCAAUGUGAAUAUUCUGACCCUCAAAAAGGCCAAACCCAUGAUGAACAUAUCCAAAUGCAGUUUGCUAGCAACAUCUUAGAUACAAACCGCUGUUUACUUUGUCCAUAGAAUUUAUGCACUAGUGUAUCUUUCCGUCUAUUCACCCACACCAAGUAGGCUUCCUUAUCUCUUUCUUGAAGGAGAUUUUUGUCAGAAAAUAUUUGACGAGUUUAUCUUUUUAAAAGAUUUUAUGUGUAGAGGCAGUUGUUAAAGUUGAUUUCAUUUCUUGGGAAUUCUGAGGGCUAUUCCAUGCAUGACAUCACAAUUUGGUUUCAUACAUAAAUCCCUUUUCCCUUCAAAACCAACGUUGUGAUGGGAAAAUAGUCAAACCCUUUUCUCAUUUUCUAAGAAUCAGUGAUGAUAGUUGGUAUCACAUACAGGGAACUUGACAUUAUAUGAAAGGUCUAUGUUAGUCCUGUUCUUCAGUGUGGCUUAAUUCCACUGUGAGUCACAAUAACUCAACCAGUUGCCAGGACACCAUAGGAAAUGCUUAUAGGAUGGAUUUAUGUACCAAAACAAUAAUUUUGGACUUGCCUUUCACAAGACGCUCUCAAUUAUUAGGAAUGCCUUUGAAUGAUCAAAUAUUGAGCAAUUGUUGACAAAGUUACUCACAAAAAUAUGCCAUCUUUAGAGCCCAGAGUAGACACUUGCAGCAGAUGCGUAUAUGUGUGAUGAAAUAAUUUACCAACAGUAACAAACUUUGCAAACACAUAAAAUUGUCUACGCACCCAAAAAGAACAUCCUGUGUCUCAUGACCGAACAUUUUUCAAUUUCUGUUGAACAAAGUUAUUUAGAGGUAUAAUUAUUAAAAAGAAAUCUGUAAAUAAAACUGUAAAUACAUUAUUAACAUUAACAUGUAGUAUGUACUAUUCAAGGUCAAUGUUUAGUUUUUUGUUCAUUAUUUAAUCUGGAUUUGUACAACAAUGUUUGUGCGUCUGUAAACUAAGGGGGGAUUGUAAAGAAGGCAUAAAUGAUGGAAAGAUUAUUGUUUUGUUUUGCACGCAUCUACAUGGGUUUAUAGUAACAACAGGCAGACAAACAAUUGAUGUGAAUGCUUGGUGUAGUUCACUUAACACAUCAGAACUCUUUGUGUUUGUACAGAAUUUUGCAGGCCUGAUGCUUUAUGGAGGCAAUUACCUCUGGUCAUUAGCGUUUUGCCCCUUUAAAUGUUCCAAUGGAGAUUUACAAUAUCCUUAUAGAAGUACACUUUUAAAGGCGAAAAAUUGCUUGGUGUCCUUGCCCUUUUUAAAGCAAAGCAUCAGGCUUGAUUUUGGUCUCGUAGAUGAUGUGACAUUAUUUUCGUUUGAAAUCACCUACUUUGGGUACAUUUUCUAGGAAAGUUGCCAACCGUUUAGAAUCAUGCAAAUGCAGGUGUCAGAUUAAUGCCUUUGCAACAUAAUAUAGUGCAGCCUGGCGUAGUGACAAACAUUGAAAUCUAUUGUGGAUAUAUUGAAUGAUCUGGGCUUAGUACAAGAAAGGUAAUGAUUUUUGUCAGUCAGAAAGUGGGUACAUGUCAUCCGAUGUAGGUUGUGUAGAUGCUGGUUUACAAUCUAAACAAAAUGAAAUGAAGUUUGGACACUCAAAAACAUGCUCAGUUUUCAUUGUUAUUAUGUGUUGUCACGAUUGGAAAUUUGUUUGGACUGUACAUGUACAUUUCAAAAUUAGGACAUUCUUAUAUGCUAUGUAGAUUUUUUCUUGACAGAAAUUGGCCAAAUACUCAACUCUAAUGGGUAAUAGUGUUGCAUCAUCUACAAUGACUAGAAUUAAAAUGUUAGGCCUAUAGAUCAAAUGCAUGAAUUUGAAAUGUGUAAAUAUGGUUGGAAUUCAAUGUUGUAUCUGGUUCUAGAUAAUAAAACUAAAGGUGCUUGGCAAGGAAAUGUUGAUUGAUUAGUAGGUGAAUGUGCUUUGUACAGCUUUGCUAUCAAACAGGGACCAAUUUAAAAAUAGCCAAUGACUGAAACAACUCUAGUUCGACCCAAACAAAUGUUGGUUUCAGACAGGUGAACUUAUUAUAACAUUAACAUUGGCUCGGAUCAUAACAAGAUUGACGUCUGGCACCAAGGCUCUCCAGAGUUGUUCCAAACGACUGCAACGGAAUUCAGAAUUUGGCUUGGCGUGACUCUGGAGCGCCUGUCUGAAAGGGGUGUAACAUUCCCCAGCAUCAUUGAACAAGAACAAGUGGUAGAGGGCCGAGUCAGUUGGAUACCCAAACUACUAAAUAAUAUGUAUUACAAACAGACAGUAGAAGUCAGGGACUGUGAUACCCAAACUACUAAAUAAUAUGUAUUACAAACAGACAGUAGAAGUCAGGGACUGUGAUACCCAAACUACUAAAUAAUAUGUAUUACAAACAGACAGUAGAAGUCAGGGACUGUGAUACCCAAACUACUAAAUAAUAUGUAUUACAAACAGACAGUAGAAGUCAGGGACUGUAUAAUAUUAAACCUAAAUUUGGCAUGAAUUGCAUGUUUAUUAAUUGAGGCAUGUAACACAUCCUGGCGUAGUUACAAAAUUUGUGCAACAUUUUGAAUUUGAAAAAAAAAAAAAAAACAGAAGUAUAACUCCACAGAUUGGCAGCUCAGAAAGGAAAGGGUCUACACUUUGUGCAUGAAGUAGUUAAUGCGGACCAGUCAAUUUGAAGGAAGGUAAAGAUCGUACAGGCAAAAGUAAAUUUUGCUUGAAAUUUGGCUCCUACUAAUUUGGAAAAAGGCAAAGAUUGUACAGGAAAAUUUAUGUAGCACAUUUAUGUGAUCAAUAUGCAAAUAUUGACUUAAUAAAGACUUGUCUGUUAUCUUCUUCUUUUUUGAGAAUUUUUUCAAACAAAUUAAUUUGCUAUGCACAAUAGAGAGAAGAAAAUGAAUAGUAAUAUCUAUCCAUGAUACUUUGUCUGGUGUUGAAGUUGUGUUUAAUGAAAUUGUCAGAUGCUAAAUUACAUUUGUAUAAACUCACCCCAUAAUAAAUGGGGGCCUGUAAUUUGCAUAAAUUAAAGAAUUUAAACAAAAAGGUCAUUGAUAACUGUGUUGUAGAUGGAGGCAUAAAGUAAAGCAACACUUGUCGGUUAUAAAUGUUUCUUCCAAAAGAAGUUGGUAUGAAUGUGUUAACAAUAUGAAUAUUAACUUGUGUGUCAAAAAACAUGUUAAAAUCUGUAAAUUUUUUUGUUUUUACGAAAAACUUCCGAGAAGGUAUUUUUUACAAGUGAUGAAAGAAAUGGGUACAUAGAGUUUUUAUGUCAUGGUCAAUGUUUUUGGGUUAUUUUCAUGGAAUUCAUAAACAAUGGAGACAAUUAAAGAAACAAAAACAAGCUUA